AUGGGCUCAAAAAGAAGUGCAUCUUCAAGGCACCGGCCUCUGAGCUCCGGUGAAGUCAUGUUCGCAGCUCUGUUUGCCAUAUUGCUGUUGCUCUGUGCGGGGUUAAUCGCAUUGUCCUGGCUGGUAAUCAAGGACUCAGGAAAAGAUGCUGUAUUUGGAAAAAAUCAUGAAACCAGAGGGACAUUUAAAGUAAUAUCUGGAGCUACAUAUAACCUUAAUUUACAAGACAAACACUCAGUGGAAUUCAAAGUUCUUGCUUUUGACAUUCAGCAAAUGAUAGAUGGGAUCUUUCAAUCAAGUAAUCUGAAGAAUGAAUAUAAGAACUCAAGGGUUUUGCAGUUUGAAAAUGGAAGUAUUAUAGUCCUAUUUGACCUUUUUUUUGCUCAGUGGGUGUCAGAUGAAAAUGUAAAAGAAGAACUGAUUCGAGGCAUUGAAGCAAAUAAGUCCAGCGAACUGAUAAUUUUCCAUAUUGAUUUGAACAGCAUUGAUAUCGCAGGUAAUGUCUCAAUAACAUGCCAACCUGGUUCAAGGCCUUGUGCUGAUGCUCCGCAGUGUGUGUCAACUGAUUUGUUUUGUGAUGGAGAAAUAAAUUGUCCAGAUGGCUCUGAUGAAGACAAUACGAUUUGUGCCACAGCUUGUGACGGAAGAUUUUUGCUCACUGGGUCAUCAGGGUCUUUCCAGGCUGCCCACUAUCCAAAGCUUUCUACGUCAACUGCUGUUUGCCAGUGGAUAAUAAGUGUAAACCAAGGACUUUCAGUUGAACUAAGCUUGGAUUCCUUUAAUAUACAUUAUACAGAUUUGUUAAACAUUUAUGAAGGUGUGGGACCAAGCAAGAUUUUAAGAGCUUCUCUUUAUGAAACUGACCCUGGCAUAAUUAGAAUAUUUUCCAACCAAGUUACUGUCACCUUCCUUGUCGAUUCUGAUGAAAAUGACUAUAUUGGCUUCACCGCGUCAUAUACUGUAUUCAACACCAAUGAGCUGAAUAAUUAUGAAAAAAUAAACUGUGAUUUUGAAGAUGGCUUCUGUUUCUGGGUACAAGACCUAAAUGAUGACAAUGAAUGGGAAAGGGUUCAGGGAAGCACCUUCCCUCCCUUCACUGGACCAAAUUUCGACCACACUUUCGGCAAUAUUUCUGGAUUCUAUAUUUCUACACCAACUGGCCCGGGAGGAAGAAGAGAACAAGUGGGACUUUUAAGCUUACCCUUAAAUCCCUCUUUGAGUCCAGUCUGCCUUAGUUUCUGGUAUCACAUGUAUGGUGAGAAUGUUUACAGACUACGCAUUAAUAUUAGCAGUGGUGACUACAUGGAGAAGACAGUUUUCCAGAAAGAAGGAAAUUAUGGAGAAAAUUGGAAUUAUGGACAAGUAACAUUAAACGAAACAGUGGAAUUUAAGGUUGCUUUUAAUGCUCUUAAGAACCCAAUGCUGAGUGAUAUUGCAUUGGACGACAUUAGCUUAACACAUGGAAUUUGCAAUCAGAGUCUUUAUCCAGAGCCAACUUUGGUUCCAACUCCUCCACCAGAACUCCCUACGGACUGUGGAGGACCUUUUGAACUUUGGGAGCCAAAUACGACAUUCAGUUCUCCAGAGUUUCCGAACAGCUACCCUAAUCAGGCUUUCUGUGUUUGGAUUUUAAACGCACAAGAAGGAAAAAAUAUACAGCUUCAUUUUCAAGAAUUUGACUUAGAAAAUAUUGAAGAUGUAGUUGAAAUCAGAGAUGGAGGAGAAGCUGAUUCUUUAUUCUUAACUGUGUACACAGGACCUGGUCCAGUGAAGGAUGUGUUCUCUACCACCAACAGGAUGACUGUGCUUUUUAUCACUGACACAUCACUAGCUGGAAGGGGAUUUAAAGCGAAUUUUACUACUGGGUACCACUUGGGGAGUCCAGAGGCUUGCAAGGAAGAUGAGUUUCAGUGUGAAAAUGGAGAGUGUAUUCCACUGGAGCUUCUGUGCGACCACCACCCACAUUGUCAGGACGGCUCAGAUGAAGCUCAUUGUGUGCGCCUUCUCAAUGGCACCACGGAGAACAAUGGCUUGGUGCAGUUCAGAAUUCAGAGCAUUUGGUACGCAGCUUGUGCGGAGAACUGGACCACCCAGACUUCAAAUGAAGUUUGUCAGUUGAUGGGCUUAGGGAAUGAAAACUCAUCAAUACCAACAUUAUCCACUGGAGGAGGACCAUUUGUAAAUUUGAACAGAGCACCCAAUGGCAGCUUAACACUAAGACCCAGUAAACGGUGCUUACAGGAUUAUCUGAUAUGGCUGCAGUGUAACCAUCAAUCAUGUGGAGAAAAACUAGUGGCCCACGAAGUUGCUCCUAAGAUUGUUGGGGGAACUGAUGCCAAAGAAGGGGCCUGGCCCUGGAUGGUUGGUCUCACUUACAACGGCCAGCUGAGCUGUGGAGCGUCUCUCGUCAGCAGUGCCUGGCUGGUGUCUGCCGCGCACUGUGCAUACGGAAGAAAUUUACAGCCUUCUAAGUGGACAGCAAUCCUUGGCCUGCAUGCAAGAUCAGAUCUGAGUUCUCCUCAUAUAGAAACUCGGCUGAUAGACCAAAUUGUCAUAAACCCUCACUACAAUAAACGGACAAAGGACAGUGACAUUGUCAUGAUGCAUCUUGAAUUUAAAGUAAAUUACACAGAUUAUAUACAACCUAUUUGUUUGCCAGAGGAAAAUCAAGUUUUUCUUCCAGGAAAGAAUUGUGUUAUUGCUGGCUGGGGAAGGCUUUAUUAUGGAGGUCCUACUGCAGACAUCCUACAAGAAGCUGAUGUUCCUCUUCUUUCAAAUGAGAAGUGCCAGCAACAGAUGCCAGAGUAUAACAUUACCCAAAAUAUGAUAUGUGCCGGCUACGAAGAAGGAGGAAUAGAUACUUGUCAGGGGGAUUCCGGAGGCCCGCUGAUGUGCCAAGAGAACAACAGAUGGUUCCUUGUCGGUGUGACAUCCUUCGGAUACCAGUGCGCGCGGCCUCGUCGUGCGGGGGUGUACGUUUUUGUCUCAAAGUUUGCCCAGUGGAUACAAAGUUUUCUACAUUAG